GUUUAUUAAUAAACCGGUGGCUACGGCCAACUCAGAUCAGUUGUGUGGUCAACACGGCGACGGUAGGUCGGUUUCUCGAUUCUGGAUCGGAUCCGAAGCUCAGUUAUGUAUAGGUUACUACUAAUCAGUCUAGGUGCUUUGUGGCUAUUGGUCCACAGUGGUUCCAGCAAUGUGGUGACAAACAAACCCGUCACGGAAGAUUGCCUGGACUGUCUGUGUGAGACAAUGAGCGGCUGCAAUGCCUCCGCCAUUUGCGUGAACGGUGCCUGUGGAAUAUUUCGGAUUACCUGGGGCUAUUGGGUGGAGGGAGGCAAGAUAACCCUGCCGGGUGACACAGCUCUCUCCGAUGAUGCUUUUACCAAUUGCGUGAAUGAUCCCCACUGUGCUGCCGACACGAUCCAAAGCUAUAUGUUCAAGCACGGCCAAGACUGCAAUAGGGAUGAGGAGAUCAAUUGCCUCGAUUAUGGAGCCCUGCACAAGCUGGGGAAUCUUGGGUGCCAGGGCCAGUUGCCCUUUCCCUUUGCCAAUGUCUUUAACCGAUGCCUGAAGGCCAAGCUCAAGGGCAAUGUCAUGAAAACCACAGGAUGAGGAGUCCUCAACAUAAUUGAUUCUUUAUUUGGGUUUCUUCGAUUCCCUAUAUUUCUUUCUUACUUUCACAGGGGAAUCCUUGUUCUGUUUUUAAAACAAUCUUGUUAAUACAUAUACACAUAAACAUA